UAUUGUGACCGCUGUUGAAUGGUCUCAGCAGAGAUAGCACUUAGUCCCUUGGGAACGGCCUGGCUUGUAGGGUUUAGUGGCUUGUAGGGUUUAGUAGCUUUAGAACAGGGGGGCAGCAGCUUCCACGUUCUGGUGGUGGUUUCUUUUCUGUACGCGCUUGAUUUAGCAGGAAACUUUUUUUCCAUUCUGGGUAAUUUCCCAUGGGGGGGGGGAGGGAAAUAAAGCCCCCGCGGUUGUGCAGUGUCUUAGAUCCCACCUUCCCGCAUGCCAGGACGAGAGGCAUGGUCUCUCCCCUCUGUGUUGCAAGGCUGUGGUUUGGUCACUUCACUCCAGCCAGCGAAGUGUGUGACUCUCGUCGUCACCAGGCUUACAUGCAAUUGGAUGAACUUAACAUGCUCCGACUCCAGCGGCAGGGGCCCCUCCCCGGGGGAGGUAAAUGUGGCUCCGUGGGGAGAAAAAGUCCGAGGCGCUGCCGCUCCUGCCAAGCGGACCCAUUCCUGCCCUCGGGAAGGGAGCGGGCGGCGCCCGGAGCCCUUGAUCUCCUGCCGGCUCGGGGUGGGAGCCGGAGCCGGAGCCGGAGCCGCGCCCGGGCGAGCGACGGGAAAAAUGGAGGAUGAGGCGGUGCUGGACAGAGGGGCUUCCUUCCUUAAGCAUGUAUGCGACGACGAAGAAGUGGAAGGCCAUCACACUGUCUACAUCGGGGUCCAUGUGCCUAAGAGCUAUAGGAGAAGGAGACGGCACAGAAGAAAAUCUGGGCUAAAGGAGAAGAAGGAAAGAGAAAAAAUCUCUGAGUACUACUCUGACAAAUCUGAUGUAGAAAAUGCGGAUGAGACGAGCAGCGGCAUCCUUAAACCACUCAUCUCCCCUGCUGCUGAGCGAAUCCGCUUCAUUUUGGGUGAAGAAGAUGACAGCCCUGCACCCCCUCAGCUCUUCACCGAACUGGACGAGCUUCUGGCUGUUGAUGGACAAGAGAUGGAAUGGAAGGAGACGGCAAGGUGGAUAAAGUUUGAAGAGAAAGUGGAACAGGGCGGAGAGAGAUGGAGCAAGCCUCACGUCGCUACGUUGUCCCUGCACAGCUUGUUUGAACUGAGGACGUGUAUAGAGAAAGGAUCCAUCCUGCUGGAUUUGGAGGCCACUUCUCUCCCUCAGGUAGUGGAGAUGGUUGUUGACAAUCAAAUCGAGACGGGCCUGUUGAAACUAGACAUGAAGGACAAGGUCACCUACACGCUGCUCAGGAAGCACCGGCACCAGACCAAGAAAUCGAACCUACGCUCUCUGGCUGACAUCGGGAAGACCGUCUCCAGUGCAAGCAGUCCAGCCAUGACCCAUAGAAACCUGACUUCCACCAGUCUGAACGACAUCUCUGACAAACCUGACAAGGAGCAGCUGAAGAAUAAAUUUAUGAAGAAAUUGCCCCGUGAUGCUGAGGCCUCCAAUGUGUUGGUUGGUGAGGUAGACUUCUUGGAAAACCCGUUCAUUGCCUUCGUCCGGCUGCAGCAGGCAGUUAUGCUGGGUGCUUUGACUGAAGUCCCCGUUCCUACCCGAUUUCUAUUCAUUUUGCUGGGUCCGAAGGGAAAAGCUAAGUCCUACCAUGAGAUUGGUCGAUCCAUUGCCACUUUGAUGUCUGAUGAGGUGUUCCAUGACAUUGCCUAUAAAGCCAAAGACAGGCAGGACCUGAUCGCUGGAAUCGAUGAGUUCCUGGAUGAAGUCAUUGUGCUUCCACCUGGGGAGUGGGACCCAGCCAUCAGGAUAGAGCCCCCCAAAUCUCUCCCAUCUUCUGAUAAAAGGAAAAACAUGUAUUCGGGUGGGGAGAACGUACAGAUGAAUGGAGACACGCCUCAUGAUGGGGGCCAUGGAGGUGGGGGCCACGGUGAUACUGAAGAACUACAACGAACUGGCAGAUUUUGCGGUGGUUUAGUCAAAGACAUAAAGAGGAAAAUACCUUUCUUCGCCAGUGACUUCUAUGAUGCUUUAAAUAUCCAAGCUCUUUCAGCCAUUCUCUUCAUCUACCUGGCCACAGUGACCAAUGCUAUCACUUUUGGAGGUCUGCUUGGUGAUGCUACAGAGAACAUGCAGGGCGUGCUGGAGAGCUUUCUAGGCACAGCAGUCACUGGAGCGGUCUUUUGCCUUUUUGCUGGUCAGCCACUCACAAUUCUGAGCAGCACAGGACCUGUCCUUGUCUUUGAAAGACUCCUGUUUAAUUUCAGCAAAGACCAUGACUUUGAUUACUUGGAGUUCCGUCUCUGGAUUGGCUUGUGGUCAGCCUUCCAGUGUCUCAUUCUGGUUGCUACUGAUGCCAGUUUCCUGGUCAAAUACUUCACCCGCUUCACAGAAGAGGGAUUUUCCUCCCUGAUCAGCUUCAUCUUCAUUUAUGAUGCUUUCAAGAAGAUGAUCAAGUUAGCAGACUAUUAUCCAAUCAAUUCCAAUUUUAAAGUGGACUAUAUCACGUUUUACUCCUGUGUCUGCAUGCCACCAGAGCCAGAUAAUAGUUCAGUAUCUAAUGAGACAACGGCAGCGUCAGUUGAUUGGCUGACGAGUUCCUCUGUUGAGAAGUACAAUAACACGAUUGCCUGGCCAUCUCUGACAAAGAAGGAGUGCUGGAAAUAUGGAGGCUACCUUGUGGGCAACAACUGCAACUACGUCCCUGACAUCACCCUCAUGUCUUUUAUCCUCUUCUUUGGCACCUACACCUGCUCCAUGGCUCUGAAGAAAUUCAAAACCAGCCGUUAUUUCCCAACCACUGCCAGGAAGCUCAUCAGUGACUUUGCCAUUAUCUUGUCCAUUCUGAUUUUCUGUGGAAUAGAUGCCCUAGUAGGUGUGGAUACACCAAAACUAAUUGUGCCAAGUGAAUUCAAGCCAACCAGCCCUCAAAGAGGCUGGUUCAUCCCACCCUUUGGAGGAAACCCCUGGUGGGUGUACCUUGCAGCUGCCAUCCCUGCACUACUGGUGACCAUUCUCAUCUUCAUGGACCAGCAAAUCACAGCUGUCAUCGUCAACAGGAAAGAGCACAAGCUCAAGAAAGGUGCUGGCUAUCAUCUGGAUUUGUUUUGGGUGGCUAUUCUGAUGAUUAUAUGUUCCUUCAUGGCCCUGCCCUGGUAUGUUGCUGCUACUGUGAUCUCCAUUGCUCACAUCGAUAGCUUGAAGAUGGAGACCGAGACCUCAGCACCUGGAGAACAGCCCAAGUUUCUGGGAGUGAGGGAGCAGAGAGUCACUGGAGUCAUUGUAUUCAUUCUCACUGGUGUGUCAGUCUUUAUGGCUCCCAUCUUGAAGUUUAUUCCAAUGCCUGUGCUCUAUGGAGUGUUCCUAUACAUGGGUGUCGCUUCCCUUAAUGGAGUGCAGUUCAUGGAUCGUCUGAAGCUGCUUCUGAUGCCUCUGAAACAUCAGCCUGACUUCAUUUAUCUGCGUCACGUCCCGCUGCGCCGGGUCCACCUGUUCACUUUCCUGCAGGUGGUGUGUCUGGCCCUCCUCUGGAUCCUCAAGUCAACUGUGGCUGCUAUAAUAUUCCCAGUCAUGAUCCUGGCUCUUGUGGCGGUCAGAAAAGCCAUGGACUACCUUUUCUCCCAGCAUGACCUCAGUUUCCUUGAUGACGUCAUUCCAGAAAAGGACAAAAAGAAGAAAGAGGAUGAGAAGAAGAAGAAAAAGAAGAAGGGCAGUCUGGAUAGUGACAAUGACGAUGAGAAAAAUCACCAACAUUCCUUGAACGCCAUACAUCGUGCUGAUAAAAUUCCUUUCCUUCAGUCACAUACACUGCCAAGCCCUCCACGAACUCCAGUGAAAGUUGUGCCUCAAAUUAGAAUAGAACUUGAGCCUGAAGACAAUGGUUAUUUCUGGAGGAGCAGGGGAACAGAAACUACAUUGUAACUUUUUUUUUUUGUUGAAUUUUUUUUUUGUCACCAGCUAAAUAUGAAAAUGCUCUCUGCUUCCCUGCUGCAUAGGUAAAUCUGAAACACACUAUACCUUCCCUCUACCUUUCUCAUCCAGUUUUUCCACUCACCAACAUUCGUUUUUGCCUUCUAUCACUCAGACAUAUGCAUCUCUCAUUUUUUUAAGCAGAGGGCAGAAGUAUUAAGGAUAUAUUAUAAAUACCUUUGUGAAAUGUCAGAGGAACUGACAUUAUUUUAGUUGUGAAUCAGUGUUUGUUUUUUCUGUCUGGCAGAACAAAACUGACCUCCAGGCUAAAAACAAUGUCUUUACUACACUACUGGAAAGUGCUGCUACACUAACUUGCUCUUAAAGGUACUUCACUCCCAGCACAGACAAAAUAUUGCCAGCGUUGUAGCUUGUGUUCUGAAAUGUCCCUUUCCUAUGCAACUUUUUGUUUUAAAACACUUUAAUGGACUUAUCUGUCAGGUACACUGAAGAGUGUUAUUUUCCUAGAUUAUUUUGUUUAAAUUAUGGGGCCUAACCUGCAACUUUUAUCAAUUUUUUAAACUUUUUUUUAAUUACUGUAAAGAAAAAUGAAUUUUUCCUGCAGCAGGAAACAUAGUUUGGAGUAGUUCUACCUCUUAUUUCUAGAUGCCAGGCUUUCUGUAAAAAUGUAUUGUACAAUGUGA